AUUUACAACCGGAUAAACAGGCAUAAACAGACCUGGUACAGCUUACAGACAAAAAAAAACUAUACAAUAUCUAAUUGUUUUUGUUCUAUGUCAUUACCAAUAUUAUAAUUUAUAAUGAACUAUGUACAUCCGUGGAAUUUAAUCUCUGUACGUUAAGUAUAUCGGAGUAUUUUUGCUCAUGACUUUAUCAUGUUUUUGCUUAUAUUAAAAUAUUACAUUAAAUUAAGUACUCUGUAGUGUUGAGUAAUUUCGAUCGCAGGUUAAUAUCCUGCAAGGCUGAAAAUUGAGACUUGCAACAGGCUACGCUUGAUCGUAAUUCGUGUUCGUCGUCUGACGCUUCUUUCAUCUAUUGCGUGUUAUCGCCCGACGUUUACUUACAUGUUGGUAAAUAGUUGUUAUUAUUAUUAUUAUUGUUGUUGUUGUUGUUUCCGCUUGUGAACCGUGAGUGCGCGUCGUUCGUGACUGAGGAGUGCAUUAGCGACGACGCACCGACGAAAUAUCAAUAUAUUAUCAUCGUACUGCGGUCUGCGACGACGGGCGUUCGGUCAUCGGUGGUUCAUCUGAACAUUGAUUACAUUCAGAACGGCGCAGGUACUGCUCGGUUCUAGUUAACCGUAAUAGAGGUCCGGUGUUCCGAUUUUUGGUCUGCAGAACGUUGAUCACGGACGAACGCGAUCGGCGCCGAACAAUAGGGCAGAGUCUCGAUACCCGCUCUAUCGAUCGUCCCAGACGACGAUCGUUGUUACAGUUGCGCAUUGCGUUAGCCGUCUGAAUGGUCAUUUGAAGAUCAAAAUCCGGUACGAUGACGACCAACGCUCUAAAACGACAACGUGAACCCGACGACGAAAUCGUCGUCGUCCCUGCCUACUCGUCCUCCAACUCUGAUGAUGCUAUGACCACCAGUUCCACGAAUACCGCUACUACUACAAUCCUGGACCUGCCGACCGAAUUGAUUGAGUAUAUUUGCUGCUGUGACUCGUUGAAAUUGAUUGACGUAUUCAACCUUUCUGUUUCGCAUUCCAAACUCAACAACUGCUUGUUCCACGAACGAAACUCUUGCCUCUGGAAAUCCAAAUUCAUACAAAAGUACGGUUUGUUGGACAAUGAGGAAUAUGAAGUUGUUAUCGAUGAAAAAAACACUUGGAAAGACGAGAUCAUGUUGCGUAUGAGUUUGGAUAAAGCUGUACCUGCUGAAAUUAUACAAAUGCCAUGCAAGUACAUGAAGUUUAAAAAUGUACCAUAUCAUUUAUAUCCGUUUAGUCAAUAUCUGAACUCAAAAAAUGAAGGCCAUAGAUAUUAUGUUCUAUCAGCAAUUGCAGCUUAUUAUAAGCAACUACAGAGUAACGAAUGCUGUAAUGAAAAUUAUGAUCUAUUGUAUAUGGCACAUCAAUUUCUUAUUUAUUCGUGCCAAGUGUAUUUUGGUUACAAGUUAAGUCAUUUCUUAAGUUUACCACCGGCGGAACAAAUUGUUGAACGAGGAUUUUACUUACUUGGACGUUGGUGGUGUCCUACGGUUAACAUACCAUAUCGCGAUAUAAACAAAAGUUUAAACAACAUAGCUAUUGAUGUGUGUAAUCGCAUUCGUUCAGCAAACCCAGUACAUCCUCUGUUUGAGCAUGAAAACUGUUUGAAACAAGUGGUUGAACGAGGAAAAUUCAAUCUUAAUAAUGAUUUAUUUGAUGAGACUAGCACAAUGUUUAUACUUGACAACAUAAGACAAAUCAUAUUUUCAGAAGAUCAACUGGUUUGUUAUUGUAACCACGACUUAAAUUGCUUUUUGUUGCAGCAGGUUAUUGAUCGGAGAAAAGGUUCUGUAUUUUUGCUGUGUGUAAUAUUUGAAUCAGUUGCUAGACGAUUAGGAGUAAAAGUUCGUUUAACUGCAACAUCUGUACACAAUUUUGUAUCUUGGUCAUCUUCAUGGCCGGGAAACAAACGUAAGAACCCUACAUGCUACUUGGUAGAUAUCGCUGGUGGUGGUGUCAUGCGGAAGGCUACAGUUUGUCCAGUCUCAAGAAAAUUGCCAGAACAGUAUAUAGGAAAUUCUAUACUUGACUUGUUUUGGACAUUUAGUAAAACUGUGGAACAGCUCACUAUUGAAAAUAUGGCUACAUAUAAAUAUGUGUUGGAUUUCCAAAAACUCUUAAAACCUGAUGAUUCUGAGGUUGAGUUUAAAUGUCAGAAAUUCCAUCAGUAUUAUGACUAUUGUCGAUGUCCCUUACUCAGAAAUCCGUCUAAUCCCUAUGCUCCAAACCAUGUAGAUGAGAAGAACAUUAUGUACACAGAUUGGGAAGAAAUUUUCCCCCUAGUACCUAAAACACGUGGUGAGCUUCAUGAUCCAAAAUAUUCAAUUGGCAUGAUGAUUGAUACCAUUACAAUGGGUAAUGGCUCUUGUUCGAGCAUAGUGACUAAACGUGGUGUUGUUGUGGGCUGGACAAGAGUGCCCAGUAACAACCCAUUGCCAAAUCCAACUGUUUAUCAUGUGCUCAUCAGACCUGAUCAUUAUUUCAGUACAGCCAAAUAUCAAAACCCUGUUAUCAAAGCUAUAUGGGAAGGCAGAUAUGAAAAAUUGCAGCGACAACUAAAACCGUACGAUUACAGUUUCAAGAACAUUGGCAAGUUUUUCACACACUACAGUCAUGAGUUGUGCGCUUUUGUGCCAAUUAAUGAUUUGGCACAACUUUAUCCCGAUGAUCUAUCUUACACUAUCAGUAAAUCAAAGAAUAUCGACUGCAAAGUUAAACAGUUCACAGGUCCCCACGUUGUUCCUAAGUAUUAAUGUUUUUUUUUUUUUACAAAUGCGAUUAUAUAUUUUUUUUGUUUGUCUUACUAUUAUAAUUCAAACAGUACCUAAAUUAUACAUUUUUUAAAUAUA